AUGGCGGCGCCCAGCGCGGGGCGGUGUGGGUUCCGCCGGAGCGCGAUGGCGGCCCGCGCGUGGUGGGCUGUGGGGUGCGGCCGGUGGCUGAGUACCGUUCCUACUGCUGCUGCUGCUGCUCCCCCUCCCCGACCGUGGAAGCUCUUCGGGGCCCUGUGCCUGCUGAGGCUGCCCCGUAUCACGCAGCCCCUCCAGAAGGAGGAGGAGGAGAUGGCGGCCCUCAUGGAGCAGAUAGAGCUGGAGAGAAGCCACUACUCUGAUCAUGAAAUCCUUGUCAUGGCUCAGGACCUGGAGGAGAAGUGGGAACAGAAGCUGCUGCGGUUCAGCCCGGCCCCGCGGGUUACAGGUGAUCACAUUCAAGCCAAAAUCCUGGGGAAUGCACCAUAUGGGAUUUACAAGUAUAAAUUCCCCAGGGCCAUCAGGACUGAGGAUAACGUGGGAGCCAAAGUAUUCUUCUACAAAGCCUUCCUCCAAAGCAGUGAUUUGUCCCAGGCAGAGCUGAAGAAAGAUUAUCUGUGGGUUACAAAGGAUGAGCUGGGAGAUUACUUGAAGUCGGAAUACCUGAAAAAAGUCAAUCGAUUUCUUCUGGACUUAUAA